CUAAACGUCCUUCAGCUAGUAAAAUUCAGGAAAUUUUAAACACAUGGAUAACAAAUAAUAAUUUUAUAGUGUCCUUUAAAGAGGCUGAUGAAAAUAUGGUAAUUGAAUCUAAAUCUUCAAACAAUAAAGCAUCUAAUAUAUAUACAAAGUUGGAUGAACCGAUUGAUUCACAACAAAUGGUUGAAUUAGAAAUAUCAUUUAAAGAUUUUAUAUAG